GCCGCGGCCCGGCCAGCUGGCGCGAGGCCGUGCCCACGCUGCUGGAGAGUGGCUACACGCCACAGCAGCUGCUGACGAUGCUGGCCGCCUGCCCGCCCCUCCUCGACUGCAGCCGGCGUCAGCUGAGCGACACGCUCGCCGCGUUCUGCACCGGCCUCAGUGUCGGCGACGCGGCGCUGCGCCAGAUGGUGACGGAGCAGCCGCAGCUGCUGCUGGUGCCGGCAUCGCGGCUGGGGCGCCAGCUGGCUGAGCUGCGCACCCGCUUCACAGCCGAGCAGGUGGCACGCGUGGCGCGGCGCUGCCCGCAGGUGCUGCAGCGGCGCUGGGCCGACACGGAGCGCCUGCUGGACUACUUCUGCGACACGAUGGGCCUGACGCCGGUUGAUAUCGCCCACUCGUCGGGCCUGGCGUUCCCGCUGGAGCACGUGCGCGCGCGCCACCAGGUGCUGGAGCGGAUGGGCGCGUACCGGCGCCCCAUGCCCAAGGACACGGCGGUUAGCGGCAACCCCAGUCUCACGGAGAUCGUCGACCACUCGGACGAGCUCUUCUGUCAGAGGGUGGCCAGGCUGCCCCUGAGAGAAUACGAGGUGUUUGUGCGGAUACUGCGGGCGGAGACGGAGGCGGAGGGCGACGGCAGCGACAGCGACAGUGGCAGCGACAGCGACAGCGACAGUGAACUGGAGGAGCCGUCAUCCACGUACAGAAGGAAGCGCAGCUGAUCCACCCUAGCUGCGCUACUCGCGACGCCCCCGACCUCCCCCGUGCGCCUGACUGGCGGCGCGCGCUGUCCGUGAGGAAUAUAUGCACUGGUCAGGCACGGUGGACUCAUGCCCGGACAUGGUGGACUCAUACCCGGACACGGUGGGCUCACGCUCGGACACAGUAGACUCAUACCCGGACACCGUGGGCCCACGCUCAGACACGUUAGACUCACGCAUGGACACGACAAGUUCAUACCCGGACACUGUGGACUCACGCCCGGACUUGGUAGACUCAUACCCGGACACGGUGGGCUCACGCUUGGACACGGUGGAUUCACGCCCGGAUAUGGUAGACUCAUACCCGGACGCAGUGGACUCGCGCCCGAACACGGUAAACUCAUACCCGGUUACGGUGGGCUCACGCUCGGACACGGUAAACUCAUACCCGGACGCAGUGGACUCACGCCCGGACACGGCGGACUCGCGCCCGGACGAGGGCGGCAGGUGCUUGCAAGUAUAUCUGCCGUCUGUG